UGAUGUGUUUAUAAAAGCGUUUUUUGUUAUCUUUAACGGCAGAUAAAGAUCUUUAACUGCCUCAAGAGUUCCCCUGUAGCUGCAGUAGCACCUCUGCUGAGACAUGGGGCUCUGCAGUGCCCAUGUAAAAAAAGCAAGAGUUGGGGAUAUCAGUAGGCCCUGGACUGUGCCAGUACUGCUCCAAGCUCUCCAUCAUACCUUUACUAACCUAUGUCAGGGAACUGAGAAGGGCUUGGUUGUUAAUGCUCACCAUGUACACAAGGAAGUAAGACACGAGCUCAGGGUCUGCUCAGCAUCUGGGAUUGUCCCAGCAACGAGCUCCAGAAACUCACAGCAUGUUCAUGUCUCUCACAGGCAGCAGCCCCUCACACAAGGCCCAGCUCCCUUCCAGAGGUGAGACAUUGCUCAUCAGCCCUUCCCAGCACAGCCGUCCUCCAAGGCUUGCCUUGGCCACACUGUGUUCCUCCUCUCUCCAAGGGUCAGCCAUGCCCCUGGAGGUCUGGAUCCUGUGCUCUGCCCUCAGCCUGCUCCUGCUGCUGUCUGCCCCCAUCAUCACCCUACCCCUGGAGAGAUGCAGCCAUGGUGCCCAUGAGGCCAGACAGCCUGGAGACUUCCCUGUCCCCAUGGAGCUCCGAUGUCCCCCUGGUCUCCAUGCUGUCCCCAGCCUGCUCCCCCAUGCUCAGAGCAUGACCCCCACCAUGGCCUGGCUCCCACUGCCUUUGGUCUCAAGGCAGCUGUGGCAGCAUGCCCAAGGGAUGUGCUGCCACUGCUCUGCUUCCCUUGGCUCAGCACGUUCCUUUGAGGAAGGGAAUUGAGAGAGCAGCGUGGGGGAGCUCAGGUGCCUUCAGGACGAAGCCUCUGCCUUUCCUGGUUGUUGUGUGGUCACAUGAGGGUCAAAGUGUGCGUGCAGAUGGCUCCAACAGUGCUGUGCUGGCAGCACUAUGGCCCCAGCUGAGACUCCCUGAGAGUUCUUCAUCAGCUGAUUCACCAACGGGAUGAAGGAGAAAUCUGCCCACAGCCUUGGCAGCUGCCCCAGAGCUCUGGCGUCACUUUGGCCUUGGUGCAGGAUUCCCCUGAUGCCAUCAUUUGUCUAGACAUUGAAGAGAAGCAGACUGAUGUGGUCAGACGAGGGCAAAUCCGAGUGGGGAUGAGGGGCAGGAGCUCUUUACAGGGACAAUGUUGCCCCUGAGAUACAAGUAAAACUAGCGUGUGCUGCAGUGUGUGAGAGGAGAGAAAAAACAGUGGGGGCUCAACAAAAGCAGCGGAUGUAGCAGGUUCUUAGGCAAGGUCCCCACUGAUGAGAGCCUCUGGCUGUGGGCCAGGCUCAGGUGGCCACAGAAAGCUAACAGCACAGGUCCCAGCUGAACCGCAAGCCUCUGCCCCACCGUCCCCAGUUCAGAGCAAAGCAGAAACUUGAAGAAGACGCUGCUCCCCAAAAGCAGUGCCCCAAAAGAUGCUGGGGCAGGCGCCAUGGGCAAGGCUGUCUCCUUCUGGCCAUGCCAUCCUGCUGCUGGCACUCUGUACAGCUGCCAGCAUGAGCUCCCAGGACAUCUGCAGCUCCCCAGGUACUCGUGAGUCCUUCCCUCCCAGACCCAGGGCACUUGGAAGCCCAACCACUGUGAGCUCUGCUCUAUGGCAGCCCUUCACUGCUGUGUGUCCUCCAGGGGAUCUCCAAGCUCCUGCUCUCCAAAUGAACUCAAAUUCUGCUCAGCCAGGUAAAAGAGUUGUUCCCCAGUGUAUUCUCCCUGUGGUGUCACCUGUAAGAAAAAUCAUUUUCUGCAAGGAUGGGAAGGAGGUGUACAGUCUGAAAGCCCAUCAAGGGCAGCUGAACUACUCCGUGGUCCUGAAUAUCACGUCAAGAAGCGCAGGAAUAUAUACCUGUGGGUACCAGGAGUGGAAUGAGAUGAAACAGAGGAGGAGCUCUGCCCUCAGUGCUGGCCGCAUCCUGGAUGUCCCUGGCAAUGUGGUGAGUUCCCCAGCAAGUCCACCACCCACAGGCAGGAGUUGUGACAGCUGCACGGGUGUGUCCUGCUCCCUGCCUCUCUCCAUCACACCCCGCUGCCUUCAGACCUUCUCUCCCCCUGCUCCACAUGCAUGGAUCCCUCACACUCUCCCCAAAAGCACAGUGUUGGCAGUGGCGGCCGUCGGCCUCGUCCUCCUGUCUACAGGCAGCUGGUUUGCCAUCAGGAAAGGUGUCUGCAGAGGGAGAUGCCCAAGGCAGCAGCACGUUGACAGCCCACAGAUGGAAACCACAGACCAUGGCGAAGUCACAUACUCCACCAUUGCCCAUGUUCGACGAGACAGGCCUCCUCCUGUGCAGCAAAUGAGAAACGCCACAACGUACGCCAUGGUGACCCGCACCAAGACCUGAUAGUGCAGCCACAGGGCAAGGGCACAGGAGCCUUGUCCACAGAUGCCUUUGCUCUCCUGCAGAGUUCUUGUGCACCCAUAACGUGGGGCUGCGGGUUGCAUUUGGGCUUCUUUGGGGUUUUGUUUCAAAGGGAACGGCUGUAUGUGUCUAGCCAAGAGGAUGAAGGACUCAUAUCUCUGUUUGCAAUAAAUUAAUACCUCUAAACUAUA